AUGAGUUGGUUUCUGAUAAGCUAUCGUAGCUGCAAGAAACUGACGUGGUUUCUGCAACACAGCAAUACUGUUGGAAACAAUGACUCGGGAUCUGAGUCACAGCCCGGUUCAGAGCUAGACCUCAGCCGUUUUGUUUUGUACCUUGAAGGAGAGGAAGAAUUGGUGGAUCUGAUGAUGGAAAACAAUUGUGAUGUUAGCCAUUGGAUUUUGAUGGGGAAAAAGAGGCAUCCAAAAUUUCUCAUACAACUUCUGGCGAAAUCAACCUCUUCGCAAGAAUUGAAGGGAGUGAGUGAGUUUGACAAUGACCGAAUUGCUUCUCUGGAUGCCGAAGAACCUCCCAAUUGUUGGGCUCUUCCAGUGGUGACACUAACGAGUAUUGCAAUUGCACUCCCCAAUAUUGACCAUCAUUCGAUUAAACAGUUGAUAAGGAGCGUCAACGAAGGCCUCAUUUAUGCCAGAUUUGUAGAGAAUAACUUGAAUGCUGAAGGAGAAUUUAUAAACAUUAGGAAGGCAGCGGAAAUUGUGUGGUUAGGAAUCGAUCUUUAUCACAAAUGGCUAGAUGUGGAUCUCCACAAGAUCGCUCUCCAAGAAAAAAACCCAGAAAAGGUACUCAAAGAGCUUGCUGAUAUUGCAAAGAACAGGUUCUUGGAAUUCAGAAAGAAAGAUGUUUAUGUAUGUCUAAGGGAAAGCCCUUCUCAUUGGCCCAUCAAGGUGCUGGCUGCGAAUUCCAUGUACAGAAUAUGUCAAACAAUUCUGUUGGAUUAUGAAAUGGGAGACUACAACGGCAGUAGCGAGAGAUUAUUUGAGAGGUUGUCUAACAUGAUAGCUGACAUAUUAGGUGCUUGUCUCACCAACUUGCCAAGAGUUAUACCCAUGGAUUGCCAUCGCAGCACCAUUGAAGAAAGGGAAGAAAGUGUUCGCCACGCAAUUGUUCUUCUCGGUAAAGCACACAAGAUUUUGGAAAUGCUUGAUCAACAACCACUUCCAAGUGCAGAUCCAGAGCAAUUGGCAAGUAUUGAUGCCUGGCGUUCAUUAAGCAAGCAGAAGAACUCCCCAGAACCCAUUUGUUCUUCAACAGUUAGUGAUACAACUGCUUUUCGUUCAUCCGAUGUGUACCUAUCCAUUGACUAG